AUGCUCUUCGUCAUAGCAUUGCUCGCACACUUUGCAGCCGUUUUGGCAGCCACAGGGUCCAGUAACUGCAACCCUCUUUCUUCGUCCUGUUCGCCAGUUACUGCCUUGGGCACCAGUCUUGUGGAGGAGUUCCACGAGGAAUCCGACCGUUUUGAUGUUGUUGCCAUCCCUUCAGGUGUCUCUUACACUGACGAUGGCUUGGAACUUACGCUUAAAAAGAAGGGUGACAAUCCAGGCAUCAGACUGACCUUCUACAUCAUGUUUGGCCGUGUGGAGGUAUUGAUGAAGGCUGCUCCAGGCAAGGGCAUUGUGCUGUCUUUCUUUUUGAUGUCUGACGACUUGGACGAAAUCGAUAUCGAGUUGUUGGGCGGAGACGAUACCCAGUUCCAGUCCAACUACUUCUCCAAGGGAGACACCACCACAUACGACAGAGGCGAAUACCACACCACUCCAGGCCUGCCUCACGAGAACUACUUCAACUACACCAUUGUCUGGACGGAAAACGAGAUUGUAUGGUAUUUGGAAGGUACCCCGGUCAGAACGCUUUCUAGCGACAACAGCCAGGGUUUCCCUCAAAGCCCGCUGUACAUCAAGGCCGGUAUUUGGGCUGGUGGUGAUCCUACCAACGAGCAAGGUACCAUCGAGUGGGCCGGCGGUUUGACCGACUACUCGGAGGCUCCUUUCACCAUGCACAUCAAGAAGUUGCUUGUGGAUGAUUACUCCACCGGUGACAAGUACGAGUACACCGACCACUCUGGCUCGUGGCAGUCGAUCAAGGCGGUGAACGGAGAGAUCAACGGAAGAGAGGGUGCUCAUGGCGACGACGACGGAAGCUCCUCCUCCAAGUCCUCAUCUAGCUCAAGCUCGAGCUCCUCGACAUCGGCCUCAUCAAGCUCUUCUGCUUCUUCAAGCUCCACUCCAAGCCUGUCUUCCGUUUCCACAAGCUCCAGCUCUUCGACAUCCUCAUCCUCCAAGGCUGAGACAUCCAACUCUCCAACCACUUCUUCAAACCCAACAACCUCUGCUGGCUCAGAGUCCGCUGCUUCCACUUUGACGACAUCCACCACCUCCGCUUCCGAAUCCGGUUCCGGUUCCGGUUCCGGCUCUGGCUCUGGCUCAGACUCCAACUCCAACACAUCCCUGUCUGAGUCUGCCUCGAGCCUGGAAUCUGGUAUUCCUACGGUGACUUCUCACGACGGCAGCGCCGUUGCGGGUCUCUCGAGCUUGCUUGUCCUUGUUGCGGUGGCAUUGAACUUUUAG